AAGCGCGGACUGCCGCCGAAAAGAAGAGUCGUUUUUCCAAUCCCGAGUGCGCCGAGGGUUCCAUCCAUCGAUUGAGGAAAAAGUUGUCCAUUUUGUACAAAAAUUAGAACACUGUGAAGCCUUAAAGUGCCCUUCAAAUGGGACAAUUUCGGUAGCGAAUGCAUUUUAUUGUUCGUUGUCGAUUGUACAAAACGGAGUAGUUCCAUGAAUUUGGUCGAAAAGUGCUAAAUUUUCCCCAUUUUUCCGGGAGGGUGCGGGAUAGACGAAGUUCGUGGCCGUGAAAAAAAGUCCGAGUAGCAAAUAGCGCUAGGAGUGAAGUAACCUAGAAGCAAGUGAUUUUCGGACGAGGUCAGAUGUUAGCAUAAAACGCGCGGUUUUUGUUUCGUUGAAAUUUUACCAAUUGUCGAAUAUUUUACACACAGAGACUUACGAGCCCCGUCAUGGCUACUGCUGCAGCUAUCCUCUGUGGGUCGCAGUGGUGGUAGAGUGAGUUGGCGCUGUUCUGCUUUUUUUUUUCUCCUGCCGGUCCUCGUCGGUGGUGCUCCAGCUUUCUAGGGAAGGACCCCCAAGGAAACCGCAAAAAAAGAUCUGCCUCGAGACAACGACAAUUCCUCAGCGCACCUAGAACGGCAGUAAACAAUAGGAAACGGUUGGCCCUGGUGCAAAUGGUGACAGCGGCGCCGCGCAGCACUAUUUUUCUAGAGAAAAGGGAAAAGCAUGUACGCACUACACUCUAAGCAGAAACAGCAACAACAGCAGCAGCAGCAACAAAAACAACAGCACUAUGUAGUGUCCAGUGGGAAGGGUAGGUUAACUAAUAUGGAAAUCAACAACAAAAAGACUGGCGAGUCGUAUGGACUGAAUGGCAGCGGCGGCGGUAGCAGCAGCAGCAACAACAGCAACAACAUUGAAUGUGCAAGUACAAACCGAUCGAUGGUCUAUGGUGGCAGCCGGAAACCAUCGGCCGGCAGCGGUAGUGAUCUGUCCAGCGAAGACUACGAGGAUGUGAAACCGGACAUAAAAGUUAGCUCGCACCUGCUCGACCAUGGGUACGGAUUCGGUGUAACGCCGCAGUAUCAGCCACAACCUCAGCCGCAGCAGCAGCAGCAAAGCCAUCAUCACCAUAGCAGUAGUAGUACUAGUAGUAAUAGUCAUAAUAGCAGUAGUCAACAGCAUAGUAGUUAUAGUCGUCAUCACAGUCCGUCGGCGUCCGGUUCUGGGACGUCGAGAAGCAACACGACGACGACGACGACGACGCACCAUGCCAAGCAAACCACGCCGAACCGGACGGCGGGACUGCACCAGCAGCACAAAAGUGCCAGUGGGGAUCCGCAGAUUACAAACUACUUCAAGGCGGUGAAACGUAGGGCGCAGCCCAGCAUAUCACCACCUCCGGCCAAACUAGCGAAACAGUCCAGUAGUAAACAACCCAGCUCAACCUGCUCUACGCCCACAUCGUCCGUGUCGUCCUCUUCGUCGAAGAAACGGUAUUCGGAAGGAACGAGGUAUGACACCUCGCUGGGACUGCUAACGAAAAAGUUCGUCGACCUGCUGAAGGAAUCGUCCGACGGGGUGGUCGACCUAAACAUUGCCUCCACAAAACUGAACGUACAAAAGCGUCGUAUCUACGACAUUACCAACGUGCUCGAGGGGAUCGGUAUCCUGGAGAAAAAGUCCAAGAACAACAUCCAGUGGAAGUGUGGAAAUUCGUUGUGCAAUAUCGAAAAGAACAACCGGAUACAGCGCGAUCGGUACCUGCUGGAGCAGAAGGAGAACAUGCUCGAUCGGAUGAUCGUCGAGAUGCGCAAUAUGACGGCGGGCGACAUGCAGACCACGAAGCAUGCGUACGUCACCUGUCAGGAUCUGAACUCGAUCGACAUGUUCAAGGAGCAGAUCAUCGUGGUAAUCAAGGCCCCUCCGGAGGCAAAAUUGGUGCUACCUGACGUGCAACAGCCGCGGGAAAUCUUUUUGAAAUCGGAAAAGGGUGAAAUCGACGUAUUCCUGUGUCCGGAAUCGUCGGAAAUUUCGCCGAACGGCAGUCUCGGCGGGAUCGGUAGUUGUAGUGGCAGUCUGUUCGGAGGUAGUACUGGCGGAGGAAACGGUAGCAGCAGGUCUGGGCCGGAUCCACUGCUGGAGGACAUCGAUCCGCUAUUAUCACCGUUCAACGAAAAGCUGUUCAGUCCUAAAAAUAAACCAAGAACUAACGUAGUGAAACAAUUCAGUUCCGCGCAGCGUAACCUCAAGGCUCUGUUCGGUGGUGCCGCUGUCGAAGUGAAAGCGGAACCCAGUGCGCUGGAUUCGCUCAACGUCGGGCACCACCACCAGUUGACUGCGGCGGAAUCGGUCCAAUCCGCCAUCGCUUCUCCGCCGAUGCUGACGCAAAAGGAGCUUGACCUGCUGAGCGGAAGUAACGAUGCCAGUGUGGAAUCGACGGCGAAAACCAGUACCGAUUCGCUGUACUUCACCGCAAGCUCAAUCAAGAAGGAACGGUUAGAUUCGGACCUGAUGGACGCGGUUACAGCCAGCUGCCACAAACUGCUCCCGGUGGAGAUCACCCACAAGAAUGCAUCGUUGAGCGAUGGCAACAAACUAAGCCCUGAGACGCUGCUCCAGCAGGAUCCAUCCCAGCUCCAUGUGGAUGGAUCGACGCUAAAAGCACUGAGCGCCAAGACGACUCCCGUCAACGUGCGCGAACGAAAUGCGAUGAUUGCCGAGCUUGGUAAUUGCAGUCCCUUCAGUCUACCGUACCCGGAUGUGCCCGAAAUGGAUGCAUUCCUGCCGCUGGAACCGCUAGACAACGAUUACAACUUUUCCCUGGACCAUACUGAGGGCGUGUUCGAUUUAUUCGAUUUUAAUUUUUAGUUCAAAUUUAUGUGGGAAUAUACAAUAUACGUAUAUAUCUAUAUUUUUAUUUCUAUUAAAUAUUAUAUUAUUAUUAUUAUUAUUAUUAUUAUUACUACUACUAGAACUGAUCCAGAGAAGAUAUGCACAGAUGGGCUCCUCACUCGACUAUGUAUCAACACGUAUGUAUGUUAGGGAAAACACCAGUCGCAACAACUGGCGUUAGGUUAGGUGUGUGGUUAGGGAAGACGUUGCGCAUAUUUUGUUGAUUGUAUUUUUUUUUUUUCGUGCUUAACCGCAAUCUUCAAGGCAAAUUUUCCUUAUAUGUUGUUCUAGAGAGAAAAGAGGACGCGUUCGGUUUAGAACGUUGGUGUUAUUUUUUUUUUCUUACGUUUAUCCGUCUUGGACAGAAAGCACUGUGUUAGGAGAAUGCAAGAAGGCAAAAUGGGAACGUAGAUAUCUCAGUGUUUAUGGAAAGUAUUCGAUUUAAAAGCGGUAGUCGAACUGGUCUGAACGAUUACAGUAGGAUUGUUUUUACUAAGUUCUAUAUAUUUUUUUGUAAAUAUUGUACUGUAAAUUAUUUAAAAAAGAGAAAACAAAGCGAAACAAAAAAAAAUUAAAAGAGACGGCCCACAAUUUAUCUCGAGAGAAUCUAUAGUGACCUGACCAUUCUUCUCCCAGUUGCAACUGGAACUCCCCUGCUCCCUCGGUCCCUCGUAUCAAUGCGCUUAUAAAUGAUCAAAACAACCUAUCACACAGAGGGAGAAGAUUUCGAAAAACCCCCGGGAAGAAAAGGUGAAUCGAAGUGGUGGAUGAGAAUUGGGCACGUGCGCCUCCACCCAGAGGUCAUCCACGAAAAAAAACGCCGACAUAAAUUUACUUAGGCCAAUCGUCGAACUCCAGUCUAGUAAUAAUAGUAGGUACAGUCGUACUAAUUGAUGGCACACAAAACAAACCAAUACGAUCGGAGGACGCAAGCAGAGGUCCUCUAGAUUUUAAGCAGAAAUUCUUAAUUUAUACAUAUAUUUUUAAUAGGGAUGUCUAAAAGCUGAUGAAAACCAGAUACACAAAUAUUCAACCGAAUGGAGGAGAAACACAGUUGUAAACCGUAGCGAAAAGGACCUGUGCAAAUCUGAUGUUUUUGUUUGCUAAAACUUUCUUCAAAAGUGUCGUGAAUUUUUUUUCCGUUCGUUUGGCCUUAUUUAUUGAUUUUUUUUCUUUUUAAACAGUAGACCACCCGCGAUCUGCGUUUCCGCGCCACGCGUGUAGGAAACAAUCACCUAGAAGAGAAGAGAGAAAAGAUUGAAUAAUACGCUUGUUAGUUUGUCUCCGUUGCCAAUUGAUUAAUUAUUAUGGAGAGAGAAGAAAAGAAUAAAUCUUGCAAACAAUGUUAUUUGAAUUUGAACGAUUAUUUUUUCUGUCUACAUGAUCAAUUAAAGCUGCUGUUGCAGAACAGUGACAGUGAGAGAGAGAGUGAGAGUGAGUGAGCGCCCACGCCAGUCGCGCCUUCACCCCCCCGCACCCAUCGAUAUAGUUUUGUUCCGAGGAAGAACGUGACUUUUCCGUUUGUUAGAAUUUAGUUCGCAAAAGUAGGAAACGACACUACUUUCUGCAAUCGAUGGUUUAUUGUGUUUGUAAUGACGCUUCCGUCGCUUCGGCAGUGACGGUAAUCCACUGGGCAAUGAUUUCUAUUGUUUUUGUUUUCUUUUUAUGCAUAUAUAAUUGACUUAUCCGGGUGUAAAUUUGCCUUUUUCCGCUGAAUGCGCGUGUGAGAUGAGUACGCACGAGAGAAGGAUGUUGUAAAUAUCGAGAGAUGAUGAGUGGUGGAGUCACAGAAAAGGAUGAAAAU